AGAGUCGCAGUACCUCUACCUUAACUCCUGCAGGAUAAAUGGCUUCUUUUAAUACUGCUGAAGCUUGCGACGCAAAUGUAGCACUUUUGGCAAGUGGCGAACUCCGCGUUCUCCAGCCAAUCUUUAAGAUUUAUGGGCAAUGUCGGGCAUUCGCAGGCCCCAUUGUCACACUUAAGAUAUUUGAGGACAAUGUGCUGGUGCGGGAGAAGCUUGAGACAAGAGGAGAAGGAAGGGUACUAGUUAUAGAUGCUGGAGGAAGCAUGAGAUGUGCAGUAGUUGGGGGGAACUUGGGACUGUUGGCCCAGAACAUGGGGUGGGCUGGUAUUGUAGUUAAUGGCUGCAUUAGAGAUGUGGAUGAGAUCAAUGGAUGUGAUAUAGGGGUUAGAGCCUUGUCAUCACAUCCACUAAAAUCCAAUAAGAAAGGUGUGGGUGAAAAGCAUGUCCCUGUUUACAUUGCAGGAACUUUGAUUUAUGAUGGGGAAUGGCUCUAUGCAGAUAGUGAUGGAAUUCUUGUUUCAAAAUCUGAGUUGUAUGUUUGACGCUCU